AUGGGCACCGAACCUGCCGAGACUUGCUAUUUCUUCGUGGAUGACUCCAACAUAUGGAUCGAGGCCCAGAAAUUCGCCGCCUCGGGCAACAGCCGGAUGCCCAAACUGACAGACAGCGACAGCGACCCGCGCCUCAGGAUUGACGUCGGGAAAUUGAUCGACAUGCUCCGCAAAGACCGCAGUCAAGGAGCUUCGUUUCUCUAUGGCUCGCGCCCACCACCUAAUGAUUCAGUGUGGAACGCGUUUGAGAAGUACAAGUUCAAGACCAAGAUCUAUGAUCGCGCGCGCGGGAAAGAGAAGGAGGUGGACAACUCCAUGGCGACGGAUCUGAGCCAUGCAGCCACCGAUCUCAGCGUUAGGGCCGAGUACGAUGUGAAGUUCAAACAGCAGAAAGCCAACACGAUAUUCGUCGCCAUCACUGGAGACCGCGACCUGCUGCCGCCAAUCAAGAGAGUGCUGGAGUCUGACAUCCGGGUGGAGGUCUGGGCCUGGAAGUCCGGGAUCUCGACGGAGUACCUAAAGCUGAAUUCCGAGGACGGUCUGCUUUCGGUAUUCUAUCUGGACUGGAUUUUCGACAAGAUUUCCUUCACCAAUUUCCGCUCUACCCGACGGAGCAAGGCCGGUAAGAUCGAUCCGAGCCAGACGAUUGUGCUUUGCGAGUUUGCGGACCUAGGCGGGGAUCACCUCGAAUCUUUCGUCCACGAGCAGCUCAUCCAGUUGGGGCGCUUGUUCUACACGACUCUGUCGAAAGCGGAGACGGAGGUAUUUGUGGAGUUUCCGAAGGUAAAGAACAUCGAGGCUGUAAUCCACAAGGCACGAGAGCUGUUUAAGGGAGUUUUGACCGUGCUGGCAUGGCCCGAAUACUCAAGUCGUUUCCGUGAGGACCUCCCGGCCAUGGUCGAAACCAGCAAUAUGUAUGCGCCGUUGACGGAUGAUAAUGACCAAAACUCCACUGAUGUCACAGCGAAAGAAGAAGACAAACAUGUCGAACGCGAAGUCAAGCCGUCUAGUACCACAGAUCCUGAGAGUGGACGCAGAGAAAGCGAAGAGAUGCAAGGUCUCAAUGACCCCGACGACAACGAUGGCUGGCAAGUUGCGGCUCGAUCCGACCUAGGAAGAGACCAUCGUCGCGGCCUGCGCCGAACUCAGCCAUGUCCUGACCGCGUUCGCUGCAAGAAAAGAGGCGAGUGUGGUUACCGCCAUAGUGAUGAGGAGCGGAACCUGUUUCGGGACAAUCCAAACCUGAAUUUCCAGCUGUGGAAGACCAAGAAGUGCACCCGCGCCUACGGUCACUCCAGCAAACGAUGUGCAUUUGCCCACGGGCAGAACGAAGCAUGGUGCCUUCGGUGCCGUCAUGAGGGUCACUAUAACGAAGAGUGCCGGUAUAGAAGUUCAGAACCUGGUAGGUAG